AUGCUCCUUUCUCAAGUACCAGCCUUUCUAGGCGCCGCAUUCGUUGCCUGGGCGCCGAGGUUUUACCAGCUGCCCCUGGGACUGUCGUCAUCCAUCACAGAUCAUUUAACUUCCAUGCAUCAGCUGAGUAGUGACCCGGAAUUUGCCUUCAUCCUUGGGGAGUUCUUAUCCUUCUCCAACCGGAGCGGCGCGAACACGGGCGAAAUUCUGAGAGCUGCUGCCGUGAUUAAGCCUGGAGAUUUUGAGAGCUGGUAUCGCGAGUUCAAGUUCCUUGCAGAUGGGAUAUACGCAACUGCUAUCGAAGCUGAGAAAAAGGAGCAGCUUGUCUCUGCUAGAGAUGCUUUUUUUCGAUCAUCCACAUACUACCGGGCUGCAGACUUCUUCUUGCAUGGAAACCAAGAUGACCCACGACUGAGGUCACUCUGGGAGAAGCAGAAUGCUACCUUUAGGAAAGCAGCUGGUCUGCUUCCAAACCCUGCGUCGUAUGUCGAGAUCGCUACCUCUACCUUCACCAUUCCGGUUUACUUUUAUCCUGCGGAUGGCCGACUUCCGAAAAGCCAACACCCUAAAGGAAAAGGUCACACAGAAAAAAAACCCACGGUCAUUGUUGGGCAAGGGUAUGACGGAGCUCAUGAAGCGCUCUAUCACAUGACAUGUCGAGACGUCAUUGAGCGUGGCUGGAACUGCGUUACUUUUGAGGGCCCCGGACAGCCUACUGUACGCCGACAGCAGGGUCUAGGCUUCAGACCAGACUGGUGGGAGGUCCUCAGGCCGAUUGUCGACUACCUGCACUCAAGAGACGAUGUUGAUGUUGACAAGGUUGCCUUGAUCGGUGUUUCCUUUGGCGGUCUCCUUGCUCCACGUGCAGCUUCGCAUGAGCACCGCCUCGCAGCUGUUGUUGCUUGUAACGGGAUGCUUAGCUUGCACCGCAGUAUUCGAUCGAAAUUGACGGGAGAGCUGGAAGGUUACUAUGCUUCCGGAAAUAAAGCUGCCUUCAAUACCUACGUCAACGCUGCGCUCGCGUCUCCGGAUACCCCGACAAUAUUCCGCUGGGCCGUGGAGCAUGGGAUGUUCGCGUGGGCUAUGACGGAUCCUUAUGAAUGGUUCCACAGUGUCAGAGACUUUGACAUAAGCGAAGAGAUGCUGCACAAUAUCUCGAGCCCGGUUCUCGUGGUCUCGGGCGAAAACGACUUCAUGGCACCAGGGCAGCCGGAGCAGAUGGACAAGAUCCUGGGGGAGAAGGGCAGCUACGUCUUGCUUAAAACAGACCUAGGUGCUGGAGAGCAUGUCGGACUUGGAGCUGAGUCGCAGCAAGCGAUGGAGAUUCUUGGGUGGCUGGGUGAUGUAUUUGCUAACGUGACUGCUUCGCGAAUGGAUAUCCGAGGCGUCGCUGAGCAAGAUGCUGUCCCCAACGAAUCCUCUACAGAGGAAGAGUCAAAUGGUACAAUGUUCUAUCCUGUGGUGUAA